GUUCAGUGGCGCAAACUUUUAAUUAAAUAGCACAUAAUGGGUACUCUUCCAAAGGCCUUUUCAUUUCAAAUCCUUCACCGGUCAUCAAAAUCACUAGCACGAGUCGGUAAAAUUAGUACUUUACACGGCGAUAUACAUACACCUUCUUUUGUCAGUGUUGGAACAAACGCUUCUGUAAAAGGACUUACCUCUCAGCAAAUUUUAAGUACUAAUUUAGAGUUACUAUUUUGCAACACCUUUCAUCUUCUGGUUCAUCCCGGUGUGGAUACCAUUCAGCAAGCCGGUGGUAUUCACAGAUUUAUGAAUUAUAAAGGACCCAUCAUUACUGAUAGUGGUGGUUUCCAGGUUCAGUAAAUACUCUUUUUUUGUUAAAUAAUUUAGUAGGUCUUUUAGGUUUUUUCUUUGCGACGAGAACCUUUAGAACUUUUAGCGCGACAGAAACGGUUCGCACAUUUUUUUAACACCGGAAAGUUCGAUUCAAGCACAAAAGAAAAUCAAAAGCGACAUUAUUGUAUCUUUUGACGAACUGCCGUGCGUUGCUGCUUCUUGUGAUCAACUUUUGAGCUCCUUUGAACGAACACACCGCUGGGAAAUCCGUUCUUUGAAAGAACAUUUGAAAUCUCCUGAAAAUCAAGCCAUUUAUUCGGUAAUUCACGGAGGCGUGGAUAUAUCUUUAAGAGAAAAAAGUAUAAAUUUACUUUGUUCUGAGCCUUUUGAUGGCCAUUCUAUAGGUGGUAGUUUAGGUCAAACUAAAGAAGAAAUGAUAAAACUUUUGCGUGGACUGUCAGUAAUGCUCCCGCGUGAUAAGCCCUGUCAUCUUCUGGGCGUGGGAGAUAUCUUUUGCAUCACCAACACCGUCGGCUUUGGUAUCGAUACUUACGACUCAAGCUUCCCUACUAAGCUCGCUCGGCACGGUCGCCUGCUAGUGCGAGACGGUUGCAUCAAUAUAAAGUCGACGGCAUUUCUAAAUGAUUUUGGACCUAUAGAAAGAGGCUGCCUUUGUUUUACUUGCGCGAACCACUCGCGCUCAUACGUCCAUCACUUAUUUAAGGCCAACGAGCUCACCGCAUUGACUCUCGCGUCUAUCCAUAAUGUUCACUUUAUGUGCGCGUUUAUGAGCCAGUUAAGGGAAAAGAUCCUCAACGACGAAAUAUAGUGAAGCACUGAAAAAGAAAUUU